AUGUUGGAGGCCGAGCAGGCGUCACCAGACGCGGUGACGACCUCCGAGGAGAUGAGGAUCCCCGGCCUGCUGCUGGUGCCCGACUUUGUGAGCCCAGAAGAGGAGGCCGCGCUGCUGGCGGCAAUCGAUGCAAAUCAUGGCGGCUGGUCGGCGCUGGCGAAGCGGCGGGUGCAGCACUAUGGCUAUCGGUUUGAGUACGCCGUCCGCGGCGUUGACCCGCGGCAGCGCGCUGGCGAGCCCCUGCCCAGCUGGCUCUCCCCCGUCCUCGCCCGCAUCGCCGCCGCGCCCGGCCGCCUGGGGGCGCCGCCGGCGCUCGACCAGGCCACGGUCAACGAGUACACGCCCGGCGUCGGCCUGGCCCCCCACGUCGACACGCACUCUGCAUUCGAGGGCGCGGUCCUGUCUCUGACCCUGGCCGGCGGCGCCGCGAUGGAGCUGCGGCGCGGCGGCGAGCGGCGCGCGCUGCUGCUGCCGCCGCGGUCGCUGCUGGUCAUGGGGGGAGAGGCGCGGUACGCGUGGCAGCACUACAUCCCGCACCGGAAGAGUGAUCUGGUGGGCGGCAUCCCGGUGCUGCGCCCGCCGAGGCGCGUAAGCAUCACGCUGCGGCAGGUGCGGGACCCGGGGCAGCCGUGCCGCUGCGCGUGGCCGGAGCAGUGCGACAGCCAGCUGGGCGCGCAGCCGCCGACGCGGCUGCAGGUGCUGGCACAGCAGCUGCAGCAGCAGCAGCGGCAGCAGGAACAGCAGCAGCAGCAGGGGCAGCAGCGUGAGCAUCCACAUCAUCUACUCAUCAAUGGACAGCAGCCGGGAUGGGAGCAGCAGCAGCAGGAACAGCGGGGGCAGCAGCAGCAGCAGCAGGAGCAGCAGCAGGAGCAGCAACUGCAGAAGGAGCGGAUACCAGGAGAGAGUGAAGGGCAGCGGCAGGACGAGGAGCAGCGGCAGCAACAGCCAAUCAUGCCGGUGAACGGCAGCAGCAGCCACAGCCCUCACAGCAGCAAAUGUGCGGACACUCCUGCAGCUGCGGCGGCAGCGGCGCAGGCGCACGCGCCCGCCCCUCCAGCGGAAACUGAAGGGUCGGAAGCCGCUGAGCAGCUGGCGCAGCAGCUGGAGUCAGCUUACGUGCACCGUGUCUAUGACGCGAUAGCCCCUCACUUCAGCUCGACGCGGUUUGCGAUCUGGCCAAAGGUCAGGGAGUUCAUGGAGCGCCUGCCCCGCGGGGCGGUGGUUGCUGACGUCGGCUGCGGCAACGGAAAGUACUUUGGGGUGCGGCGGGACGCCGCAGUCCUCGGCAGCGACAGGAGCACGGGCCUAGCCGCGGUCGCGGCGCGCCGCCUCGUGCCCUCCACGCUGCCGUCUCUGUACAUCCCGACCGCCGACGUGCUGGUCGCAGACGCUCUGGCCCUGCCGUACCGCGGCGGCUGCUGCGACGCGGCGCUGUGCGUGGCGGUGCUGCACCACAUCAGCAGUGAGGAGCGGCGGGGGCGGCUGCUGUCAGAGCUGCUGCGCCUGCUGCGGCCGGGCGGCCGCGCUCUGGUCACUGUCUGGGCCACAGAUCAAGAGGAGCCCCACAAAACCAUCGCCAAAUGGGCGCCCUUCGCUGGCGCGCCGCAGCCGCCGGCGCCGGCUGGGGGCAGCAGCAUGGUCGGACCGCCAGAGGGGGGCAGAAGGGAGGACGAGGGGGCGGCGGCGGGCGGGCAGGGCCCGGCGGGGGACUAUUUGGUGCCUUGGCACCUGCCGUUCAACAGGGCCGGCGGCGCGCCCGCCGCCGCGGCGGCGGCAAAGGCGGCGCCGCACCCCGGUGAGGGCGGGGAUGCGCAGCGGCAGCUCGCAGGCGCAGGGGGCGCGGCGGCGGCGCCGGGCGCGGCGCGGUUGGAUGCAGCGAAGGGCGCGGUGGUCUUUCAGAGGUACUACCAUUUGUUUGAGCGGGGAGAGCUGGAGGCCCUGGUCGCGCGCGUGCCGGGCGCCACGCUGGUUGACUCAUUCUACGACAGGAGCAACUGGUGUGCGGUGUUCGAGCGCGCCGCCGCCGUAUGA